CAAUGAUCACUGAAAUCAAAUCCUACAAACACCAGGUAGUUAUAGUUGCUUCUCUGCAACAUCAUUUUCAUCUUCUUACAUUAUUAAUCAUACAAUUCUAUUAGUUUAAACUCCCUAAAUCACACACACACACACACACACACACGAAAAUUCACUUUUAUCAGUUCCAAAAAAAGCUAUGAAAUUGCAUAAGCAGUCUAGCAGAAGAGAUGAAGAAAUACCCAAUUCUCAAAUAAGCUUACCAUACUCACCAAAGACCCUCAAACAUCCAACUAGAUCUCUACCCAGAUCCAUUAACUAUCUCCUCAAAGAACAAAGACUUUUAUUCAUUCUUAUUGGUAUUCUCAUUGGUUCCACUUUCUUUAUAUUUCAACCUAGUCUUUCUCUCUUAAGCACAUCUUCUGAACCACAUUCUUCAAUUCCCAGAUCAUAUAAUGCUUUAAAUCAUGAAUCCUUAUCAACUAUUUCAUCUUAUAAUAAUGUACCAAUUUUUAAAGGGAGGGUACCAGUUGGGGUUGGGAGAAAAAGGAUGAGGAUUGUAGUAACUGGUGGGGCUGGUUUUGUUGGGAGUCAUUUAGUGGAUAAGUUAAUUAAGAGAGGUGAUGAUGUUAUUGUUAUUGAUAAUUUCUUUACUGGGAGGAAAGAAAAUGUGAUGCAUCAUUUUGGGAAUCCAAGAUUUGAGCUUAUUAGGCAUGAUGUUGUUGAGCCUAUUUUGUUGGAAGUAGAUCAGAUUUAUCACUUGGCUUGCCCUGCUUCUCCUGUUCACUACAAGUAUAAUCCUGUCAAAACUAUUAAGACAAAUGUGAUGGGCACGCUUAACAUGUUGGGCCUUGCGAAGAGGAUUGGUGCGAGGUUCUUGCUUACCAGUACAAGUGAGGUUUAUGGUGACCCACUCGAGCAUCCUCAAAAGGAAACAUAUUGGGGUCAUGUGAAUCCAAUAGGUGUUAGGAGCUGCUAUGACGAGGGAAAACGGACUGCUGAAACAUUGACUAUGGAUUACCAUCGUGGUGCAGGUGUAGAGGUGCGUAUUGCUCGGAUUUUCAAUACGUAUGGACCUCGCAUGUGUCUAGAUGAUGGACGUGUUGUCAGCAACUUUGUUGCCCAGGCCAUUCGCAACCAACCGAUGACAGUAUAUGGUGAUGGAAAGCAAACACGAAGCUUCCAAUAUGUCUCUGAUCUGGUUGAUGGAUUGGUGGCCCUCAUGGAGGGUGAGCAUAUCGGCCCUUUCAACUUAGGAAAUCCGGGAGAAUUCACCAUGUUGGAGCUUGCUGAGGUGGUUAAAGAAGUGAUUGAUCCCAGUGCAAAAAUCGAGUUCAGAGCCAACACGGCCGAUGAUCCUCACAAGAGGAAACCAGAUAUUAGCAAAGCUAAAGAGCUGCUAAACUGGGAACCAAAAGUACCCUUGCGAGAAGGGCUUCCUCUCAUGGUCAAUGAUUUCCGCAAUCGCAUAUUGAAUGAAGAUGAAGGAAAAGAGAAUUAAUAAGGGUAGAUGCAAAAAUAGUAUGUAUAGCGCGAGACAGUCUGUUGUUUAUUACAUUCGAAGUCGAUAUGCAUUUAUUUUUUCUUCAUUUUUGUAUUUCCGUUGUAAUAGCUGAUGGCAUGCUAGCCAUAAGCCACAUCUAUAGCCUCAUAUUUUUUCUUUUCCAUUUGAUUUUUUUUCUCCUUCCACUUCCUGUAAUUCCAACAAUGCUUUGAUUUGAUUUCUCUUUUGGGCACUGCCCAAUGAUGUUUUAAAAGAAAAUGUUUUUGCUAUGAUCAA